AAUUCAAACUACGCAUAUAAUCACUCAAUUUUUGUGCGUAAUAUCAGAAAUCAACUUGACUGAUAAUAAGUAAUCAAUUAAUAAUCAUUAUUAAUGAUUUAUGAAUGUGUAUGUAGUGUAGUAUUCGACAACACAUUUUGUUCUGCAGUGUUCUUCCAGCUUUCGUUGUUUCGUUGUUUAGUAACAUAACCUGUGACGGUUGCUCGCAGCCCCAACACAUGUCAGUCAUAAUUUGUUAUAAAUAUUAAAUGUAAAAAUAGCAUAUUUUUAAAUGUGAAAUAGUUAGUAGUGAAAAUGGAGGCAGCGUCGACGCAAUCCUUGGUCCUGGAGGUGCUGAAGCAAGCCUCCUGCCAAGAUCCAAUCAUAUUGAAACAAGCUGAAGCUAAGCUGCAAGAAUGGGAGAUACAGCCAGGUUUCUACACUGCAUUAUAUAAUGUGUUAAUCAAUCAUAACUUGGAUGUAAAUGUAAGACUUAUGGCUGUAGUAUGUAUCAAAAAUGGGGUUGAAAAGUACUGGAGGAAGAAUGCACCUAAUGCAAUGGCAGAGGAAGAGAGACAAGGGUUAAAGGAAGCACUCACAAUGAACUUUCAUGAACCAGUCAAUCAAAUAGCUGUGCACAUUGCUGUCCUCAUAUCAAAGAUUGCCAGAUGGGAUUGUCCCAAGGAGUGGCCCACAUUAUUACCCACCCUGUUACAAGCAAUAGGAAGCAGUGAAAUGCUCAUCCAACACAGAUCACUUUUAACACUGCAUCAUGUUGUUAAGGUGAUGUCCUCAAAGCGCCUUUUAGGUGACCGACAUGCAUUUCUCGAAUUCACUGCCGCUGUGUACCCGUUUAUAUUAAACAUGUGGAACACGUUCACAGAGACAUUCAUUAACGAAGUAAUGCAGAAUGCGACAGCGGAGCAGAUUAAUGCUAGCCUGGAGAAAGCUUUAUUAACACUGCGUAUCCUACGCAAAUUGACUGUUUAUGGUUUUUAUAAACCGAAUGACAACGCUGAUUGCAUGAACUUUAUGAAAGCGGUAUUUGAUCGUGCGAGAACUUCACUUGAAUGCCGUCGUUCACUGAAAAGUAUCGCGUUGAUUGAACAUUGUGAAAAGUUCAUUGUUCAUUUGACGAAAAAUCUUCUCUCGGUGAUCGAUGCGCAUCCAUUUGCGUUUAUUGACUUCAUCAAACCGAGUUUGGAAUUCGUGUAUUACUAUCUGUUUGCUUCCAAUAUUGAAGCGCUCCUUUUUGAACGUUUCAUUAUUCAGUGCUUCAAUCUUAUGAAGGUGAUUCUAGUUUGCCCGGAGUACAGAGUAAAGAAGGGUGUGAAGGAUGCUGAAUCAUCACGUGCGGACGGAAUUAUCCGCGAAUUCUUCCAGCCCGAUAUCUUGAGUGUCGUUUGUAAAAAAUUGAUUUCCCAUUAUUUCAUUUUGACGCAGGAAGAUUUAGAACUGUGGGAUGCUGAUCCGGAAGCGUUUGUUAUUGAUGAAAGUGGUGAAACAUGGAAAUACAGUUUGAGGCCUAGCAUGGAAUGUCUUUAUUUAUCAUUGUUUCCUCGUUUCUGCGAUAAUGUGUCUUCCGUGGUCUUGGAACUAGUACGCGAAACAAAUGUUUUAGUUCCUCCCGAAGACAUGCAAGGCGUCCUUCGCAAAGACGCUGUUUACAACGCGGUUGGUUUAGCAAAAUACAACAUGUAUGAAGGUGUGGAUUUUGAUCAAUGGUUUAUGAACGUAUUGACUCAAGAACUGAAAAUCAAACACAAUAAUUACCGUAUUUUGCGACGUCGUGUUGUUUGGCUGAUGGGGCAAUGGAGUCGGAUCAAACUUGCGUGCGAACUGCGCCCGGCUUUAUACGAAUGUUGCCUCAGUUUGCUGGAUGAACAGGAAGACAUUGCGGUGCGUUUAACGGCGUCUACCGCGUUUCGCAGCGUUGUCGACGAUCCAGAUUUUAACCCCGAUCAAUUUCAACCGUAUGUUGAAGCAACUUUUAUUCGCCUUCUUGAUCUGCUCAAAGCUUCCAAUGAGUGCGAAACUAAGAUGCAGGUUCUCAACGUAAUAACUUUAAUGCUCGAACGUUGCGGACAGACUAUCGUACCCAACUCCGUCGUGCUCUUGCAAUAUCUUCCUGUUUUGUGGCAUGAGUCCGAAGAACAUAACAUGCUGCGUUGUGCGAUUGUCGCGACUUUCAUUCAAUUGGUGCGUUUGGGAUGUAACAAUUCCGAGAUAAACGCCUUCCUUGUUCUUGUUAUACAAUUGGGUGUUGAUACGAAUCAGAGUGCCAUUUUGUAUCUGCUUGAGGACUGCCUGGAGCUAUGGGUUGCCAUGCUGCAAACAUCCAAGGAGUUAAAUCUUGGAUGCAUGGAAUUGUUCAGUAGUAUUCUACCGCUAAUAGAGUCAUCCACGGAGAAUUGGGUAAUAUGCAUGCAAAUAAUUCGGGUUUAUUUACUGCUGAAUCCCGACUUUGUGAUUGUCAAUCAUGGUGUACAAUUGAUUCGGACGUUAGAUGGGCUCAUGAGCGAUUUGAGAUUUGAGGCUUUGAUUGUACUUGCGAGACUUUUUGAGACAAUGUUGUGUAUUUCACCGACAAAAGCCAGUGAAAUUAUCAAAAUUGUUAUGCCUCGAAUUAUGGAAGUGGUGAUUCGCAAGGAGGAACCAUCUGGCUUGAUUGCAAUAUAUUUGUCAGUAAUUUCACGUGUCAUCUUAGCGUCGCAUGAUGUGUUCAGUCAGAGUUUACUUGAAUUAGCAAGAAUCAGCAACAACAAUGAGCAGGACAUUAUCGGUACACUUUUGGAUAUAUGGACAGACAGCAUGCCGAAUGUUUCAAAUAUGGAGAAUAUGAAAUUGUUGGGUUUGGCACUGACCAAUAUGCUGACGAUACAAAGCCAACCGAUAAUACAACGCAUUCCGCGUAUGUUGAUAAAUAUUUCAGAAACGCUUAACGAUAUUAUGCAGACCGACGAUUCGGGACUGUAUGUGGACUCGCUAGUUAUGCCAGAUCCUGGAAAAGGAUCGGACGAGUAUUGUUUCAUUGAAACCGAGCAUGAUAUUCGAGAGUCACAGUUGUUAUCGGUUGAUUUGGUGCAUACUGUUGUAUUGAAGGAUUAUUUACAAUCACAAUUGCAUCUCCUAAAGAGCCAAUUGGGACAGCAAUAUGAACAAUUAAUACAAGCCGUUGAUCAUAACACCAUUUCGCAAUUAAGUGAAUUUGUUACCUUCUAAUUUUACCAAUAUACAAUAAUCUUUUGCAAUGUUUUGUUAUAUGCAAAUAUGUAUAGUUAUUUUAAUAGUAAAUCUAUUGAUUUUUGUAUGAAAUUUACGUGUAACAAUGUAAACACUACGAAUUUAAGUAAAGGAACUGAAUAUUA